AUAUGUAGUGUAUAAAAAUAGUGCACUAAGUUUAUUUUGAUCACUUUUUAUGUCCAUAACAUAAUUAUAUUUUUCUUUUUAUAUAGCAAUAUAUUUCGAUCGUGGACUCAAUUUAACACUUAUUAAAACCCACAACCCAAAUCAUUAAAUACAAAUGUAAAUCGAACCACCCGAUAACCACCUCUUUUUUAACACCAUCCUACAAAUAUAAGUUAUCUAUCCCCAUCUAACAUCAAAUCCUAUAAUUAGGGAUUUACUGGUUAGUUUGACCCGACCCGACCCGACAGUAACCCCUUUCUCAAGGUAUCCAGCACAGUAUUCAGCAUUAUUAGGGUUUUAGUAACUCCUUGCAAGAUAAUUGGGUAAUACAAGAUUCUUGACAGAAAUUUGAAAGCGAAAAAUCCACCAAACAGUUGAAAAAAAUGCCAACUUUAACAAAGUUAUUCACAAUGGAAGAAGCUGCUCAGCAUAACACUAAGGAUGAUUGUUGGGUUGUUAUUGAUGGCAAGGUUUAUGAUGUUUCAUCUUAUUUGGACGAGCAUCCAGGGGGAGAUGAUGUUGUACUUGCUGUUACAGGACAAGAUGCCACUGAUGAAUUUGAAGAUGCUGGACACAGCAAAAGUGCGAGAGAACUUAUGGAGAAAUUCUUCAUCGGUGAGCUUGAUCCAACAUCCACUUCCAUCCCAGAACUUGAGAUUGUCAAGAAGGCGGGCAAAAAUAUCCCUAAGAAGGUUAUGGCAAUUACGAAGCAAUAUUGGUUCGUUCCAGUAGCAGUUGUUGGCAUCUCUGUGGUGAUCGGCUUCUUGUACACACGCAAGAAGUAGAAUCAGUUCGAUAGUCCCUUUUCGAUGUUAGUAGUGUUAUGAGUCAUACACUGAAAAAAAUUGUUCAUCAUAUCUUCAGAGGUCCAGGAAUUUGGGACAUGAUUUCUGAGUGCCAUUUUUGUUACUAUUUGAGAUGACAGGAAAUUUUUGAACACCAAUGAUCACAAAUAGGCAUUUUAAUACACAGUUGCUGUCAUUUUAUAUUGA